AGCGGUUGGAACCAAGUGCACAACAGCCCACAACUUACCCACUACUACGUCUACCAUUAUGCAUCCCCGUAAUAUCUAUCUCCAAACGCCCGAUUUCCGUCAGCUUGCUACGUCCUAUCCGCCACUCCAAGACUUCUUGCAACCUCACUCCAAUCUCGUCGACUUCCAGGACGAAGAAGCUCAGAGAUGCAUUACCGAGGCAUUGCUUUAUCGGGACUUUAACCUCAAAGUUCAGCUACCUAAGAAUCGAUUGUGCCCUCCGGUUCCUAACAGGUUGAAUUACAUUCUAUGGAUUCAAGACAUUGUUCGAGCUUGUCAAGUUGUAACCGGAGAACAGCCAGUAACGGGGGUCGACAUCGGUACAGGUGCUUCUGCGAUAUACCCUCUGCUAGGGUGUCGUUUAAACCCUUGUUGGAACUUUGUGGUCACAGAACUGGAUGAGUUAUCAGCGAAAUAUGCACAAAAGAACGUCAAAGCAAAUAACUUGAGCGACCGGAUUCAGAUCGUGAUGGCUAGCGUGCCGGGGCCGAUUCUUAUACCUCUUUCUGAUACUUCCCAAACCUUCGACUUUACGAUGUGCAAUCCCCCGUUUUAUAGCAGCGCCGAAGACGUUGCCCAGUCUUUGGAAGCAAAAGAGUUUGGACCGAAUGCUGUCUGCACAGGAGCAGCGGUGGAAAUGUUCACGGAGGGCGGGGAAUCAGCCUUCGUUCAAAGGAUCGUGAAAGAGAGUGUAGCCUUCGGUACGAGAUGCACGUGGUACACCUCCAUGUUCGGCAAGCUUUCUUCAGUGGGAGAAGUCGUGGAUACCCUGAAGGCAAAUUGUAUCGACAACUAUGCGGUCACGGAGUUUGUGCAGGGACAAACGCGAAGAUGGGCAGUAGGUUGGUCUUUUACUGAUAUCAGACUCCCAGACACUGCCUCACGCAUCUCCAACCCCAACGCGUUUAUCCAACGCUACUUACCUCCUCACAAUACCAUUCGUCAACCCGCAAAAACAAGCAAUAAAGUAGUCGAAGAUGCGCUCCUAGCUAUCCGCGGUGUAUCAGUUGAGAGUUGUUCCUCUCACUUUCUCGUCAAUGCUUCAGGCGAUACAUGGUCCAGGACAGCUAGGAGGAAACAGCGUAGAAGGAUGGAAGCGGAGGUAGAGAACAGUCUUCCCGAAAUGAUAUUGACAUGUUCAAUCACUAUUUCCGGUGAGUACGUAGAGUUUCAGUGGGUCCGAGGAAGAAAUCGGUCCCUUUUCGAGAGCUUUUGUAGUCACGUCAGUAGGAAAAUUGCAUCCUCUCGUUGAACCUCUCCUUUAGACACAUCGCGAUGUUUUCCGGUGUUUUGCUAUGUUCUUUAUCCUGGUUACUGGCAAGCAACCUCGUGCUUCCGCAAGCGGCAAAGCCGUUUCACCAGGGUUCUUCUACAUUCUUAACGACAUAAACGACUUCAUUAGAAGGUAAGCUUGUUCCGUACAUUACACGUGCCGGUGGGAACGAAGGUGAAACGUCGUUCGCUCAUGUACUAUUGGCUGACAUUGGCAUUGUGACCAGAAUCCUUCCCAUUCUCGCCGA